AUGAAUAUUUUGUAAAUAAUUAUUGAUGCAAAAUUUUUGCUUGGAAUAGGAGUAGGCUUUUUUGUUGCUUCUUUUCUUAUGUUACCAAAGAUAGAAAAUAAUUAAGGUAAUGGGUCUUAUUCUAAAUUAAAAUUAUCAUCUAAAUCAAUACCUUCAACUUAAGAAUUAAAAUAAGUUUAUCUAAAACAAAGUGAUAAACAAAAAUAAUAUAAAGAGAAGGGUUCAAGUUUCUAAGUCUAAUAAAAAGGAUAAAAGAAUUAAAAAAAUGAUUUUUUGGAAGAAGAUGAAAUUAGAAAAAAGGUAAAGAUGCAAUAUCAUUAAUUUGAACCUAUGUUUGAUGAAACAUCAAUUAAAGUAAAAUCAAUUAAUACUUCCUCUGAUUUUGAAAGCUCAUAACAAUUAAGAAUGGAAUGCGCAACCUUAUUACCAAAUAAUGACAAUAAUGACAAUUUUGUAUCUUAACAAGAUGAUUAAUAUUUUACUUAAAAUGAUAAAGAAUUUGAAGAAAAUGAUGGAGAUUUAAAAGAAUUAGCUAAUAUCUAAGAAUCUCCAAUACUAAAAAAUAAUUACUUUAGCAAUAGAAAAUUAAAUAUUAAAUUAGAAGUCAAAAAUAGAAAUUAAGAUUUAAUAAGGAAGGGUUGA